CUAACGGUGGGACGCCCUCCGACAGAGGAGGGAGGGGUGGUGUGCGUGGGGUUUUUUUUUUUGCCCUCCGACAAUUUGCCUCCACAGACACACAAGAAGCGUUGCAGUGUGCGUGAACGUUGGACGUUUGAUUACUGGGCAUCAAAGAGAGCAUAAAAAGAAAGAAGACAAAGAUGGAGGAUUACUAUUACCAUGACGACGAGGACCUCGGCCACAACGACAGCUACGACUACAGCUACGACCACUCGGUCUGCGACAAGGAGGCGGUGCGCUCCUUUGCCGGCGUCUUCCUCCCGGUCAUCUACUCGCUGGCUCUGGUGGUGGGCCUGGCGGGCAACGCCCUGGUGGUGGCGGUGUACGCUUCCCGCUCACGCCUGCGCACUUUCACCGACGUCUGCAUCCUGAACCUGGCCGGGUCGGACCUGCUCCUGCUCGUCACCUUGCCCUUCUGGGCGGCUGACGCCGUUCACGGCUGGAGGUUGGGGCCGGCCGCCUGCAAGCUCACCUCCUUCCUCUACAGCGCCAACUUCAGCUGCGGCAUGCUGCUUCUGGCGUGCAUCGGCGUGGACCGCUACCGGGCGGUGGCUCACGCCGCGGCCGGCAGGUCCGGCAGGGGGGCCCGGCUGCGGAGGCAGUGGAUCCUGGCGUGCUUGGCGCUGUGGGGGGUGGCUAUCUUUCUGGGGCUCCCGGAACUGCUCUUCUCCACUGUCAAGCAUUCCCAUUACAGGAUGUACUGCACCGCCGUGUACCCGGCAAGCAUGGGACGCCCCGCCAAGGCUAGCCUGGAGCUGCUGGAAGUGAGUCUUCGCUUUGCGCUGCCGUUCCUGGUGAUGGCGGUGUGCUACUGCCGGGUGGGCCGGGCCCUGGCCCGAGCGCCCGGGGUGCGGCGGGACAAAAAGUGGCGGGCCUUACGCGUUCUCCUGGCGGUGGUGGCCGUCUUCUUGCUAACGCAGCUUCCCUACAACGUAGUGAAGCUUUGCAGAGCGCUGGACAUCAUCUACAUGCUGGUGACCAACUGCGAGGUCAGCAAGGGCCUGGACCGUGCCUUGCAGGUGACUGAGAGCCUGGCGUUGACCCACGCCUGCGUCAACCCGCUCCUUUACGCUUUCAUCGGGUCCUCCUUCAAGGGCCGCGUCCUCAAAACCGCAAAGCAGCUCGGACGGCGUUUCGGGAGACGCGCCGGACGAGAGGAGGGCGAGCCGGCGGUGGAGAUCUCACUCAACGUGCGCAACCAAAACCGGUCGCAGUCUGGUUCAGAGGAACCGGACACCAGCACAUUCAGCGUGUAAAGGUACGACAACGGCUAGUUGCUAAUCAGCAACAGUUGUAGCGCUUUAGUCCAGAAAAGGAUAAAUACUAUUAUGCUCCCAGAUAGCUGGAGCAACGUGUUCAAGUAAUACAUAAGAGCAGGUAGCCAUAGCUGAAGUGGUAAAGCCCGUACAGUUAACCAUCGCUACAGAUGGGUUUUGAAAACCACACCAGAUGCGCACGUGCAACCACCACUAACAACCCAGGCUGAACUUCUCCCCGGCAUUCCGCUACUCACUCGAGAUGUAUUAGUUACGCAAUACUACUUCCUUUUCAGCCAGGGCUUUGGCGCCAUCUGUAGAGCACGACAGAAAGAGCGCACAAAUUCAUGAAAAAGGUGAAUAGCGAACCGCAAAUAGGAGGGCAGUCAUUGUACACAUGAAUUCUGAUGAUGUCAGAACAC